AUGAUGAGAAUGGCGGCGGAAAAGGGAAAGUUCAAUGGUUUCAAUGUUGGAGAAGGAUUUCAAGUGGAGCUGAUUCAGUUCGUCGAUGACACUUUAAUCAACGGUGAAGGAAGCUGGUAUAAUCUUUGGAGUACACAAGUUGUGCUCAGGGGAUUCGAACUAGUUUCGGGGAUGAAGGUGAAUUUUAUCAAGAGUAGGAUUAUUGGAGUGAAUGUUAGCCCUUAUUUUCUUCUUGCAGUUGCUACCUUCUUAUCUUGCAGGGUGGAUAAGACAUCUUUCACCUUGGAAUUACCAUUGGGUUUAACCCAAGAAGAAUUCUUGGAUGGAAACCAAUUUUUGACAAGAUCAAGAAGAAAUUGGCUUUGUGGAAGGCUAGAAUAUUAA